AUGAUACAAGAAGAUGAUAGAAUAUCUUGGGUAGCCGUUCCUACUACUACUGGCACCAGUAAAAAGGAUGAAGUGUCAUCAACUAAGAAUACUCCUACAGAAGAUAUAACAAUGAUCAUGAUUGCGGGCUAUAUUGAUUGGAAACCAAGUUGCAAAGAGCGUGAUCUUUUGUACAUUCACCCAUCAUAUUUUCGACAAGGAAUCGCCAGUCGCCUCUAUCAGCAAGUGCUACAAGAAGCACUAAAGAAGCCAGCAGUAUCCAAUGAUGCCACCAUCACCAGCACCAGCAAGCUUAUGAUUCAAACCUUUUCGAGUGAAGGAGCCAAACCCUUUUUUGAAAAGCAAAACCUUUCAACUGUUGGAGCGCAGAGAUUUUGCGAUUGGACGCAAUAA